UCCCUUGCUUUUAUUUCCCCGUGACCUAGCUUCUCCGCGUGUGUUUGCGUUUGUUCCUUAUCUUCUUCUUCCCGUCCAGGAAAAAAAAGUUCAGUUUUUUUCCAAUCAUUUCCUCCUGGUUCCUGCUUUUGUGCUUUCGUUUCUGUCAAAGAAAAUCUUUUGAUUCUGUAGCUUCUGUUCUUGGAAACAUUGAAAACACUAGCAGCAAGUCAGAAUCUCAAAGGGGGAAACGAACAGCUGGAAAGGUUAAGUUUAUACUUACUAAAAGGGCGUGGAUUAAACAGGAGGAUGCUGCAUUUGUUGAAUGCUUACACAUUUUGGCAGAAGACUCACAUUGGACAGCUGAUAAUGAAACAUUUAGAGCAGAGUCAUCCAACUGCUGCUAGAUUGAGAAACAAGUCAUUUCCAUUUUUUGACGACUUUAUUCAAAUAUUUGGAAAAGAAAUAGCAACAGGAACAACAACUGAUGCAGUGGAAGAUCUUGAUGUAGAAGACAAUGCAUUUAUAGAUGCAUUAGUUGCAGAAGAGAGAGUAAGAGAUUCUGAAUCAAGAGAGGAUGUUGGUGCUUCAACUUACCAAACAUCUGAUGUUGCUGCCUCUACCCCUGCAAUGAAAAAAGUAGCUAGCAAGAAAAGUUCUCGAAGUGAUGAUGGGUUAUCCGAUCUUGUACAGGAGAUAAGUAAGUUUGGUGCUGCAUACUGAGAAACUGCCUAAGAAAUUAAGGAUAUUAUUGCAUUAUUCAAAAAGGAGGUAGAAGGAAAUGAUCGAAGAAUGUCGAUUUUCAUAUAAAUCAUGAAAAUUGAAGGCCUCUUCAAUGAUGAAAUGCUUACUGCAGGAGAGUAUGCUAGCAAAGAUUCGUACAAGGUAGAUUUUUCUUUUCUUUGCCAAAAGAAUUCAAAAAAUAUUAUGUGAUUAAGCAAUUACUUGAAUGCCAUCACUUUUGACCAUCCUUUUGACUUUGGUCCUUCUAUAAAUAUGUCGAUCUCUUUUUGAUUUUGACUUUAGAAUAUAGUCCCAACUUUUUUGUCUAGCUUUACCAAAGCUUGACUUGGACAAUUUUUGUGUAUAUAAUAUAACCAACGUAUAGGCUUAAGUUUAGAAUGUCAUGGCCAUUAUCUUUUGUAAGUCUGAACAUUGUUGUUGCUUUUGAUGGUUAAUGUUCUACUUAUUUUUGUUUUGUAAACUAAACAAAGAAUGUAAGCUUAUAAACAUUAUA